AUGUACCAUUCGUCCUCGCCCAUCAAGGGCGCGAGUGCGGCCUCAUCGCCACGCGUGCGAAAGCGACCGAGCGCAUACUUGGAAGUGUCUACCAUCGGCUCAUGUCCUAGUGUCUUGUCCCUGGACGAGAUGGCAGAGCUCGAGGACUCGGUCGCCAGCUUGCGGCGCAAGCCAUCCAACGACGAGUUUUCGCGUAUCGUCAGCGAGAUCAGCAUGCACCGGCGCAUAAACACGUCUGUGCGCUCAAGGCGCAGUCAUCAGAGCUUGGCCAGCAGUGAUGACGGGCGCAGUGGACACAGCCGCGUGGGCAGUGUUGAUGGCGAUGUGUCAUCCGCCAGCGCCGUGACGAUCCCACCAUGCUGUUGUGGGCAAGCCGAAUGUGACGUGUCGCGGCGCAUCACGCAACAAAUCCAUGAUAUGGAGUCGGAUCUGCAGCUAAGCGCGGAAAUUGGUCAGGCGCUCUUGCAGCGCCAGGAUACCAUUGUGCAUCGGUCACAGCAAGAGGCCGAAGAGCAUGCACAGCAGCGUGAUCAAUUGCUCGCGCGUCUCUCGCAGACGAUCAAGGAAACGCAGGUGCUGGAGCGCCAACUAUCGCAGGCCAACUUUAAUUUAGAGGCGGCCGAUCAGAGCCAGCAUGCGCUCCUGUCGGAGCUCGACGAGGUACGGCACCAACUGAAGCAAAUGAAAAUGCAUCGUGUCAAGACAUCUCAUCUGGAUGCCAAGCUGGAGCGUGCACACAAUGAGCUCGAGGAUAUGCGCGCUGAGCUCGCGAAAGAGCGACGUCGGUAUGCGGCUGCGGAGGCCAAGCAUAAACAGGUCAUUUCGCAGCGGUGCGAUGAGAUGCAGAGCCGCUGGAACGAAGAACAUGAGCGAUGGUCUUGUCCCACAGAGACACGCGUAUGGGAUCAGAUUCGCACGCACCUCGCAUCCCAAGAUGUCGAGACCAAGGAGACAGACUGGCUGUCGGACGACGCGCUUCGCGCUAUGAUGGAGGAGCACGAAAUAAUGCGGCGCGAGAAUGAACAUCUUCAAGCGCUGCUGCGCACGACCAAUGACGAAGUGGCCGAGUUGCGCGAGAUGUCCGAGGGGCCGGGCCCGUUGGUCGGUGUGUCCCUGGAGACCGACUUGGGUGCGCAGGACCGCCGGUCGGACGCGCGCUCAGACGAUACACGCCCCAGUGAUUGUGGCAUGUCGGAAGGCACGGGUAUCACGACGCCGUCGACGUCGUCGUAUGCGCACUUUGACGAAGAUGCCAUGUCUUACGAUACAGGCUCCCUCCAUCGCUUUGACUCAGAUCGACACUUGCCUGUCUCGCAUAACGAGCAUCGCACGGCCAUGCUGAGCUCGUUUAUUGAGACGGCAAGCAACACGUUCACCAAGAUCCAAAAAGCGGAUAUCGAUUCGCUGGCAUCGCGUCUGCAGCGCCAGAAACUCGCUGGCGAUGUGGGGCAUCUAUCGCGCACGACGGUGCAGUCCAGUGUACGCGAUAUAGAAGAAUGGCGCGAUCACUUCCGCAAGGCGGUCGAUAAAGAAGCGCGUCGCGGUGUGCCGCAAGACUCGAGCCUUGUAUCGCGACGCGACUUUUUCGCUCUGCUCAAACUACAGCGUGAAUCACUCUUGGAGCUGGCGCGUCUGCGCCAGUGCAUCAAUGAAGUGCACUUACAUCCGAGCGCUGCUGCCAAGCUGCUCCACGAGCACCUAGGAGCUCAUACGAUCAGUACGAACCGCAGCUGGAUAUCUCGCAUGUUCACGGGCGUCUUGUCGAGUGAACCUGGACCCGCACCCGUUGAAGCGCCUGCCUCUACGGCUGCGUCACCCGCGUCGAACGAGACCUCGUUCGUGCGCAUUGCCGGGGCUGAAUCUGCACCUAUGGCCGUGCCACGCAACGUGCCGACGAGCCGGCUCAGUGGUGCACCGCCCUCGCGUGUCAUGCCGCGAUCGCGUGCCGCUGCUCUGUCGACGUCGGUGGCCGUGCAUGCUCAUGGCGCCUACACCAAGCCCGGCAUGCUCAAGACCAAGGCAUCACAGCCGGCCUUGAUGGAAGCGGCUAUCUCGGCCAAGAGGGCCACGAGCGGUGCCCAUGGCGACACGAGCAUGGUAGCCCCACCGCCGUGGCAGGAACCCUCAUUGCGUCCUCGCACACGUGGACUGAGUGACAGCUCGAUUCACAGCACCUUCCUGGAACACGGUGCCACGUCCGACAAUGUCGUCGACCGUGUGAUUACGCCGCAUACGCUUACCCUCAGCACGGACUGA